AUGUGGAGCCGACCGGUUAUGAUGCAGCCAGGGAAAAGAAGGGAGAAGAAGGCGGCAGGGCUUCGGUGCGGCACUUCCGGUCAGUGGGAGAGGAUAUCCCAGGGGAUAUUCCGCGGCAUCAGCACAUCAUCAUCGAUCGUCAUUGACUCUCUGAUCUCCUGUUUGACCUCCAGGCGCAUGGUCGAAUGCGGGUCGUCUGAUCUUGAAGUGAGCGCGGAGAUGGCGCACUCUUCUCCGCCCACCCCCGGGCUUUUGCCAAUAGGUGAAUGGACGUGCUUAUUAUGGCCUAGCUUAGAUCUCCAACCUAGGAAGUGAAAGGAGGCUUUAACUCUGAUGGUCUCUCUCUCUCUCUCUCUCUCUCUCUCCUGCAGUGUCGUACUCUCAUUACACCUUAGAACGUUCGGCGGCAUGCAGCGCAGCGGCUUCUUGUCGGGAAAGGAAAACCUAAGAAAUGGAAUACGAACACUUCCCAUAAACCUGUGUUAG